GUUAUGUACGAAUAACAAUAGAUCCAUUCUGACCAAAAAUAUUAUGUAAAGAUUAAAGGAACUUGUAAUUAACAAAACUCAAGUUACGGUAGUUAACCAAUAAUAUUUAAAAACAUGUCCGUGUUCAGGGCAGGCUUACAAAGAAUCACAAAUGUUCUUAAGAGUAGCCCAGGUGGUUUUCUAUCAAGAUUCGUGACAAACUUGACACCUGUGGAAGACAAAGCAAUUCCUCAAACGUCAAAAGAAGUCAUAGCCACUUGUAACAAACUUAUAGAACAGAACCCCUCUCGUAGUUUCGCCAUAAUACAUUUACUAGGGAAGCAAUGGCGCGUGACUGAUGGCGACCUCCUCGUAGUCGAAGGAUACUGGCCUCCUAACAUUGGAGACAAAAUAACACUGGACAAGGUAUUACUAGCCGCCACCAAAGACUUCUCUCUAAUUGGUAGACCUCUUGUUCAACCAGGACUGGUGACAGUGACAGCCACGGUUAUAUCAAAAGGAUUGUCUCAUACCAGAACACACUUUAAAAAGAAGAGGAGGAAGCAAUAUAUGCGCAUCAACUUCCAGAGAGCUGAACAAACCAUGUUAAGAAUAAAUUCUGUUGAUAUUGCCAGUAAGAUAAAUAAACCUGCAAGUAACGUGUUUUAAAAUAAAUUUUAGUGAAGUAG